AAAACACGCAGAAAAGCAAGGAAAUGCGUCGAUGGUGACUUGUUAAUUGAUUAUCAUUAUCCAAGACCCGUUUCAAACCGUAGAAAUUCUCCGAAAAUGUGGCGUCUGAAAUUCAAUUAAAACAAUUUUUAAAGGGGUAAACUCACCGUAAUUGCGCAAAUAGCCAUACUGGAGCCCACAAUUUAAUAGAAGAAACAGUUCGUCGUAGUAUUUACCCAACCAGUUGAAUUUUUGGGGGCAAUUUGUGGCCAAAAACUACAAUUGUUAAAACCGACCCAAUAAAUCGUAUCCUUACCAGUGCGAUUUUCUGGAGUGCCGGGUGAAGUGUGUCGUUGAGUGAUUUCGAAGCAAUUAUUUCGAAAAUCGAGGGUUUAUUCUGCGAUGUGAAUGUGAAAUUAGCCGCAUUUUCCGCCAUUUUUUGAAUUUCGGUUGGCAGUCCUGGCGAGAGGUUAGGGCCCCGUUGGGGCAAAAAUCACAUUUUCUUCUCGUCUGUGAUAAAUUCGGCACCAACAAGAUUGUUUUCCACUGAAAUAGUCAAUGUUUUUUCGUGUAAUUGCACCAAAAGUGUGAAAAUUGCAUGAAUCACGGUGGCGUUGUGUGAGUUGGUAGCACUGGUUGUCAGUUGUCAAAAAUUUUGAACCAUAUGUUGAUAAACAAAAAUGCUGUGAUUACAAAGUACAAUGUUUAGACUAGUGGUAGCUUGUGUACUUAUUAGUGUCUCGCUCUGUGAUGACUUAAUUUCCGUGGUUGUGAUUUACAGGCAUGGCGACCGGACCCCCAUCCAGCCGUACCCGCGAGACCCCUACCGCAACGCCUCCUACUGGCCCGUGGGCUUCGGUCAACUGACAAAUUUGGGCAAACAGCACCACUUCCAAUUGGGUCAGUGGCUCCGUCAGCGUUACGGGGGCUUCCUGUCGCCCCACUACUCAGAGAGGGACUUCUACAUCCGGUCGACUGACGUUGAUAGGACUCUCAUGUCCGCCGAGGCCAACUUGGCCGGCUUGUACCCCCCGAAAGCCGACCAAGUGUGGGACCCCACGCUGCCCUGGCAGCCAAUCCCAGUCCAUACGACCCCCGAACUGGAGGACAACCUCCUCGCAAUGAAGAAAUAUUGCCCCAAAUACAACUCGCUCCUAACCCAACUUUUCAAAACCGAGUUUUUCCUCAAUAUCUCUCGCGAAAACCGCGACUUGUACGCCUAUUUGAGCAAGAAUUCGGGGGCCCAAAUCGCGUCACUUGAGUCUCUUGAGUAUUUAUACAAUACUUUGUAUAUCGAAAGUUUGAAUAAGUUUGUUUUACCGGAUUGGACAUCGGGGGUUUACCCUGAGAAAAUGGCCCCCUGGGCCCGGUUUAGCUUCGCGACUCAGUGCUAUACUGAAGAGUUGGCGAGGCUCAAAACAGGGCCCCUUUUUAACGAAAUUGUUGAGCAUUUUCGUAACGCUACAAAAAAUGACGGUUUUCGCAAAUUUCUAGUUUUUUCGGGGCAUGAUGUCACUAUUGCCAAUGUACUUAACACAAUGGGGGCUUUCGAGUAUCAUUGUCCCCCCUAUGCUAGCACGAUUAUGUUCGAAUUGAGGCGCAAUUCGAGUUUUUAUCUUAAUAUUUUUUAUAAGAAUUCGACUCAAGUGCAGAAAAUUGCACUAAAAGGGUGUGAUUUUGACUGCGAUUUUGACGAUUUUAUUAGAAUUUUAAAACCGGUUCUUAUUACACGAAAACAGUGGGAUUUGGAAUGUCAAAAUUCAAAUUUUGGCGAUUUUAAUACAAUUUUUAUUUAUUCUAGUAUUGCGAUUGGUUUUCUAAUUUCUAUUUCACUUUUGUGGGUCAUAAUUGCUUGUUUUAAACAAGUUAAAACGAAUAGUAAUGAUUAUACGAGAUUGGCAAUCGAUGAAGUGGCUUAAUUUUUCAAUAUACGUAUUUUAUUCUCAGGGGCCAAAAACUUGCAGUUACCAGUUGGUCACACUGAUUAAAUUUUGUAACAGUGUCACCAACGUAUUUUAAAAAUGUGUUUCAUUUUACAAGCAACGACUGAAUAUUUUUAAAGCUUAAUUAGUGUGUUUUGUGAUAUCAGUAUCCACAUCAAGGCCAAAUAUACUUAUUGUUAAUUACAGUGUUAUUAAAAAGACGUACUUGGAAAUAUAAAAAUAAAACAGUU